AUGAUCCAAGCCAGCCGCUCGUACUUGGCUUCCGGCAGCUGUCCUAAAUGCCCAGCACUAUCUCUCGGUGCUGCUCACCUGAGGCCAAUUGCCUGCCUAACUCUUGAUUCUGUUCAACGUACUGUGCAACUCGAAUGGCGUGUUAGAAGAGCUUGCGAGGUGGGGACACACCUUCCACCGGAGGCUCUCGCAAGAAGGUCACGAGUGCAAGCAUCCUCCUUAGACGCUAUCAUCCUUCCAUGCUCGGUUCGAGUGUCUGGCUGCCUCCAUGUACCGGCAGAUAAGCGCGAUGAAACAGACAAUGGUGUCUUGAGUCUGUCAUCGGAUAUCGGGAGAGAUAGAGCAUACCAGGAGAGAGAUCGACCACAAAAGAGAGCUUCACAUGACCGGCCAUAUCCUCGCCGAGCGGUAGCACUUCCACGAAGCAGGCCAGCUCGUAGCGCCGCAUGCGCUGCACGAGACGAAGAGUGCGACGUAUUCCAAAAGCAAUGUGUCAAGGGUGUUGCGAUGUCUGCUUGCGGGUGCCCGGGCAUCUAUACAGACUCGCGCAAAUCUUGCCGUUGUAUUCAACCAGAGCCACUGGAGCUCAAAAUCAUUUUUGGUGUAGACUCCGCGGCUUGA